AUGGCAACCGAGAUCGAAACACCCGUUAUCAUUGUCGGAGGAGGAGGAUGUGGACUGACUCUGUCGAGCUUUUUGUCGAAUUAUGGAGUUGAGCAUAUUCUUUUUGAAAAGCAUACCGGAACGUCUAUUCUUCCCAAGGCUCAUUAUCUCAACCAGCGGACCAUGGAAAUUCUUCGCAACCAUAACAUGGUAGAUGAAAUCCUACAAAAGACAUGUCCUCCACGACAUAUGAGUCAGGUUGCCUGGCAAACCUCCCUAGGAGGCUCAGGACCACUGGAUCGGAAAGUGAUUCAUAAAUUCGAGUGUUUUGGAGGGAAUGAGGGAACUGAAUAUGCCGAGUCCUAUAACGCUAUGCGCAAUGAUAAGUUUGCUAAGUCUUCUUUGAGACGCGACGCGCCGUUACGCUCGGGUAAUGUGCCGCUGCUUCGACUUGAGCCAGUUCUCAGACGACUAGCAGAAGAGAAGAACCCGGGCAAGAUCCUGUUUGGGCAUCAGAUGAUAGAUUUCACCGACGAAGGUGAUUCCGUGGUGGUUAGGGUCGCCAAUAGCAACGGGAACGAAGCUGUUUAUCGGUGCAAAUACCUAAUUGGUGCCGAUGGGGGGCGUACCAUUGGCCCGAAGCUUGGAAUCAAGAUGGAAGGACCAAGGAAUAUGACCGAUAUAGUCUCAGUACACUUUAGUGCCGACCUGUCCGAGUAUUGGGAUGACCGAUACUUCGCCUGUCACUUCAUCAAUGGUGAAUGUGGUACCGUAUUUGAAAGUGGUGCUAUUGUCCCAAUGGGCCCAAACUGGGGCAAAUACUCCGACGAAUGGGUGUUUCAUUUCGGGUUCGCCAUGGACGACGAGGCUCGGCAUCAAGAAUUUGCCUUGAUUCCGCGGAUCCGCGAGUUGCUGAAAAUCCCUGGCCUGGAAAUGAAAGUGCAUAAAAUCAGUCACUGGGCUAUUGAAAGUGUCCUUGCCGACCGCUAUCGGGUUGGAAGGGUCUUUCUUGCGGGUGAUGCUGGAAAUCGUCGCCCGCCCACGACUGGCCUGGGUCUCAACACCGCCAUUGAAGAUUCAUUGAACAUUGCUUGGAAACUGGCACUUGUCCUUACAAAAAAGGCCAGUGAGGCCAUUCUCGAUACGUACGAGCCAGAAAGACGCGCUGUUGGGAAAGUAAACUGUGACUGGGGCUUGUUCACAUUCAGCAACUCGGCAGUCAUCAAUACAGCUGUUGGGCUUGUUCCUGGCCAAAAAGAAGGAAAUCGAGCUCGAUUCCAAACUCUCUUUGAGGAGUCCGACAAGGGAUACAGCUUUAGGGCUCAGGUCGCUCGUAUCAUCGACAGCCAGUCCAUUGAAUUCUGUGCCCAUGGAAUCGAGCUCGGCUUCAGAUACUCCAAUGGAUUUCUCUUCCAUGACGGAAGCCUUCCAGCGCCACGAGAUCCUCUAGGACAAAAGUAUUUUCCGACUACCAAACCCGGGCAUCGUCUUCCGCACGCUUGGCUCGAAAGAGACGGUAAAGUGCUUUCUACGCAUGAUCUCGUUCAAAACAAGACCGCAUUCGCCCUAAUCACCGAUUCCGAGGGUGGAGAUUGGAUUGCCGCCGCCCAAAAUAUCUCAAAAAGACUUUGUAUUGAGAUUUUUAUUGCUCAGAUUGGUGACAGACUGUCAUAUCGGGACUACGAUGAUAGGUGGGAGAUAUUGAAGGGCAUACAGACCGGUGGAGCAGUCCUGAUCAGGCCGGAUAAUAUUGUCGCUUGGAGGUCUAUUUACAAGAGUCAGAAGAAGGGACAAGAAUUGGAAGAUAGUUUAGCUCAUAUGAUUCAUAUGAAAUAA